UUCUUUAAAUGUGGAGCACACCCGACCUCCGACAAGGACACGUCAGUGGCUUUGAACCUGAUCACAAGCAACAGUCGCAACAUCACCUGUAUUACGUGCACAGAUGUCAGGAGCCCUGUCCUGGUUUUCCAGUGCAACCAUCGCCAUGUGAUUUGCUUGGACUGCUUCCACUUGUACUGUGUGACAAGACUCAACGAUCGGCAGUUUGUCCACGAUGUGCAGCUUGGCUAUUCUCUGCCCUGUGUGGCUGGCUGUCCCAACUCCUUGAUUAAAGAGCUUCAUCACUUCAGGAUUCUUGGAGAAGAGCAGUACAACAGGUACCAGCAGUACGGUGCUGAGGAGUGUGUGCUGCAGAUGGGGGGCGUGCUGUGCCCCCGUCCUGGCUGUGGAGCUGGGCUGCUGCCUGAACAGGGCCAGAGGAAAGUCAUCUGUGAAGCGGACAAUGGCCUGGGCUGUGGGUUCAUCUUCUGCCGGGAUUGCAAGGAAGCAUACCACGAAGGCGAAUGCAGCUCCCUGUUUGAAGCCUCGGGGGCUGCUGCUCAGGCCUACAGAGUAGACGAAAAAGCCGAAGAGCAAGCUCGUUGGGAAGAGGCCUCCAAGGAGACCAUCAAGAAAACCACCAAGCCUUGUCCUCGAUGCAAUGUGCCAGUUGAAAAAAAUGGAGGAUGCAUGCACAUGAAGUGUCCACAGCCACAGUGCAGGCUCGAAUGGUGCUGGAACUGCGGCUUAGAGUGGAACCGCACCUGCAUGGGUGACCACUGGUUUGACGUGUAGAGGGCCGGCACUGGCACCGGGCACUGGCCCUUGGCCAUGCCAUC